ACACACACACACACACACACACACACACACCAGACUUUGGUCCCCACUUUGACAUAAAAACAACAAAACUCUUGGUCCCCACUAGGACGAAAACAACAUUACUCAUUUAACACACACACACACACACACACACACACACACACACACACACACACACACACACACACACACACACACACACACACACACACACACACACACACACACACACACGACUUUGGUCCCCACUUUGACAUAACAACAAACCUCUUGGUCCCCACUAGUACGAAAACAACAUUAUACAUUUAACACACACACACACACACACACGCACGCACGCACGCACGCACGCACGCACGCACACACAAGACUUUGGUCCCCACUUUGACAUAACAACAAACCUCUUGGUCCCCACUAGGACGAAAACAACAUUUAACACACACACACACACACACACACACACACACACACACACACACACACACACACACACACACACACACACACACACACACACACACACACACACACACACACCAGACUUUGGUCUCCACUUUGACAUAAAAACAACAAACCUCUUGGUCCCCACUAGGACGAAAACAACAACAUAAAAACACAUACACACACGCACACACACACACACACACACACACACACACACACACACACACACACACACACACACACACACACACAUACACACACACACACACUAGACUUUGGUCUCCACUUUGACAUAAAAACAACAAACCUCUUGGUCCCCACUAGGACGAAAACAACAACAUAAAAACACACACACACACACACACUGAUCCCAUAAUCCCCUUUAAUCUGAUCUCAUGUCCGUGCCCUCCUUUCCGGUGUUGUCCGCCCAUCUCGACGCGCACGAGUGCCCAUCAGUGUUUUUCCGUGCGCUCCCUGGGCUGGCUCCAGGUGGAAGAGGACGACCUGUCCCCGGGCCGGAGCAGUCUGGUGGUCAGCGACGUCAUCCAGCAGCUGUCUCGCUGCGGCGGCGACGAGCAACGCGACCGGCUGGGGUCCUCGGGGGAGGGUCGCGACAUGAUGCUGGUUCUGAAGAGAGACACCCUGACUCUCGUGGAUGCUUUAGACCACGCCCCCUUGUACUGUCAGCCCAUUAUCAACAUUCGUGUCUGGGGGGUGGGCAGCAACAAUGGCAGUGUGUGCUUCCAUUCAGAGACUUUGCCUUUGUUGCGGGGGACAAGGACAGCUGCGUGCUUAAGUGCCACGUAUUCCGCUGCGAUGCGCCUGCCAAGGCCGUUGCCAUGGCGCUGCACAAAAUGUGCUCCAAGAUGAUGUCAGGUCAAAAAGCCACCCGCUCGCUCACCAUGGAGAGCAUCGUGCCGGAGGACCUGCCAGGACAAGUGGACUACCUGGAGGCAGUGCGGCAGCAGGUGCAGAAGUUUGAUGUCCGCUACGUCGGGAGCCUGCCCGUGUCCCGCGCCAUGGGCAUGGAGGUUUUAAACACGGCCAUUGAGAGCAUCAUGAACGCCACCGAGCGUGACCAGUGGGAGGCGAGCGUCAUCCACGUGACCGACAACAUCCUGUCCGUCUUCAAGGUGCGCUCCUACCAUUUUGUUACGACGUCCCUGUCUUUUAUUUUGAUAGCUACCGUGCCCUCGUCACAGGAAGGGGAGGAGCCAUUCUGGGAGUGCCAGGUGCGUCUCCUCAGCUUCCUCGGCGUGGGCCAGGACAGUCACACCUUCGCCGUGAUCGCCGACGGCGGCACGCAGCGUUUCGAGUGCCACGUGUUCUGGUGCGAGCCGGACGCGGGGCUCCUGUCCGAGGCGGUCCAGGCGGCGUGCAUGGUUCACUACCAGAAGUGUUUGGUGGCUCAGACUCCGCCCCCCAGGACCAAGCUGUGGCACGCAACCCCGCCCAAGAUCAGACGGGCCAACUCCAUGGACGGCGUGGCUUUCCCGCCUCGAGGCCGGCGCCUCCACGACAUGGAGGGUGGCGGCGUGAGGCGGAGCAUGAUGGCCUUUUUUGACACUUUCAGGAACAAGCGAGCUGCAAUGUCCUGAUAAGGACGAGGCGCACGUCGGAGGACAUCAGAACCAAAGCGUCAGAGCCUGCUGGUGCUGGACUUCAAGCGGUCACAUGGUGAUCCACCUCAGCUGCACGUCAUGGAUGUCAAUUCAUCAUCAAUAAAGUCAUUAUUCAUCAACUUU